UGGGAGGAAAAUCGAUGCGCGCGACAGUGGAAAAGUGAUCCCAUCCGGCACGGAAUUAUUAUUUGGGCACGACCAUCCUAUGGCUCUGGGCAGCAGCAGCAACAGCAGCAGCAACAGUGCCUAAGUGUAUCGCAGUUUCUGAGUGUAUUUUGUUUUUCCCGUUGGUCCUUUGGCGUUCCUGCCUUUCAACACACAAACGUGCAUCACGAUGGAGUUCAAAUCGGGAGUACUUUGGAUUGCCAGCUUCAUUCUGCUGAUCAGUCAAGAACAUGUCUUCGCACAAACAAAACGCUCGUUCCGCACGAGUGCAGCGCAGGGCCGGGCGCUCGGCGCGAACCCGCGCCAAUCGUCCUCGUCCAGCGUCGACUUCCAGUGCCCGGAGGAGUUCGGCUACUACUCGCAUCCGACCGACUGCUCCCAGUACUACGUGUGCGUGUUCGGCGGGGCGCUGCUGGAGAGCUGCACCGGCGGGCUGAUGUACAGCCACGAGCUGCAGACCUGCGACUGGCCGCGAAACGUAGGCUGCGAACAGUCGAGGGGCCACAGCUCACCCUCGGCUCCGGCCGCCCCGUCCCGCACGGUAACGCCACGCGUCCCGCAGGUACUCAGUCGGGUACGCUUUUCGUCGGCACCAUCAGCUCCCUCCGGCCCAUCGGGCCCCAGUGGACCGUCGGGACCUUCGGGGCCGUCCGGACCUUCCGGACCAGCCGAACCCUCCGCUCCGGCACGCAUCCAGCAGAUCCACACGCUGCCGCCACCGCCACCCCCGCCGGCCAACCCGAACCCGGUCAUCACGACGCGCGGCCAACCGAAGAACUCACCCCAGGAAGACAUUGCCAAGCUCUACGCAGAAGCGCACGAAACACUUCCGCCAGUGGAGGAAGAGGAGUCUGACCGUCAGCAGCGCGUCUACCGCGGGCAGCCCAGCACGGUGUCGCAGGUGCAGCGCGACCGGGACGGCAUCCUGCAGCAGCCGAGCGUCAACGCCAUACCGACCCAGGCCAAAGUAGGUUCGUUCGCGUACAGUGCUCAACCUCAGCCAUUCAGUAGGGACGAUGACGAUGACGAGUCACUGCAAACGCUCGACGCGGAACCAUCCGCCACCGUAAGGGACCGUAAGAAACGUGACACCGACGGAGCUGCCCCGAACGGAGCUGCUCCGAAGACGCUAGACCCUGUGGACGCGGCCCUAGCGGCCGGUGACGAACCGACGCGACAGACCGUGAAACGAUCGAACGCGGACAUCCGCUCCGAACCGGACGGCCACCGGGAGGCCCGUCAGUUGCGCUCGCAACUCGGCACCUGGCAGUACCGCUCGCUGGACACUUCGCUGUCGCGCCAGAAUAGCUACUCCCCGAGCACCGGCUUCGAUCCGUUCGGGUACACCGUCGGUCCGACCGCUUCGUCCACCUACUUCAAGCCGGGCGCCCGCUACUAUCAGCCGCAGACCUACAGCAAAAAGGAGCUGACGCAAAGCUACAACGACUACCUCGAGGCGUACAACAGCAAGCAGCAGCAGCAGGCGGCGGCGGCGUACGGCGUGCAGCGGCCAGUGCAGGAACCAGCUCACAAGAGCCUACAGGGUCUGCAGGCCUACAAGACGAUCGCGAAGAUCACACCGCAGGAUGCGCUCAUUCCGCUCCUGCUCGGACGUCCGCAUCAGCCACAGUUCACGGCCGCGGCUUUCGUCAACAGUCACAACGCCAAGAAGUACACGACUCCAUCGAGCGUGCUGUCGGACGAGUCCGCCGAUGCCGAGACGAUCCCGGACAACUUUGCGUUCUUUCACUUCGGUAACACCUACUCCUCGACUCCGAUCUCCGUGAACAACAACCACCACAAGGCACCGAAGGCGCAAGCCGCCCCGACCCAGAAAACGCCCUACAUCGCGUUCAGCUCCGUCGGUGGGUUCUUCAACAAUCAUCCGACGGCCAGCCCACUGAAGGAGAGCUUCGGCGGGGCGACAAAACCGAAACCGAACCUCAGCACGCCGGCCCCAGUCUACGAGUCCGGUCCGAACACGCUCGUAGUGUACCGGCCCCAGCCGGCUCCACGGCCGGCGUACGGUGGCGGGUACGGGACCAACGGCCAGCAGCUCGGAGGCGGCGUGGUGUACGAGGCGUCCACACCGAAACCGAGUGCGCCACUCUUCGUGACCAAGUCCACGAACGGAUUCCAGCCGAUCGCAGUGUCGACCACACCGAAGUACCGGUAUCCGGGCCACGCACCGCUCAAGAGUCAACCGGUGAGUCCGGGCGAGUACAGCAAGUUUCUAGAGUCACUCAAGAACUCGCACAUCACACCGGGGCUGCCGACCGAGAGUGUGCCAACCGUCCGGAUCGGUUCCCAGGUGCUACCGUACAGACCAGGACCUAACAAUACGAUACUGCAGCCGGUCAGGGUCAGCGGACCGGGCUACGGUGGGCAGGCGGCGGUGUACUACAGCAAACCUGCCGUUGGUUCGUUCUCAAGACCGGCGGCCGGUGGCCUGGGACUUGGAAGCUACUACCACCAACCCGGCGAUAUCGAACCCGAGCGAGGUCAGAAGUAUGUGAAGAAUACGCUCGAAGAACCGAAUCGAAAGCCCGCCUACGGCAAACGUCCGGAGGACGAGGAUGAAGAAGAGUACUACGACGAUGACGAUGAGGAGGAGGACGAUGACGACGAGUUCCAGUACCGGUACCCGCCGAUCCACAAGUCCAAGUACACGCCGAUGACCGAGACGAUGGCUCCGCGGCCGCUCCAAAACCUGACCACUCCGAAACCGCCCGGUGCCGUCUCCGGGAACCUGUUCUAUCACUCCGACACCACCACCUGGCGACCCUCGGUCACGGUGACUACGUACUCGCCCGGGGCCGCCGUCACCUCCAGUGACAUACCGCCAAUCAUUAAGUUCCCGGAGGACGUGUUCCAAGGUAUCCGCCCGUUGGCCGACGUUCCGCGGUACCUCAACAAGUCCACCCUCCGACCGUACACCGUUCGGCAGCGGGUCCGCCCGACGGCGGUCCAGAACAAUGCUCUGGACGAACCGAGCGAGGACCCCAGUGGCGGGGAUCGGUUGCGGGUCAGCACGCAACGCCCGACAACCCGCUACACCACACACCCGGCUACCGUGCGGACACGUACUCCGGCGGCCGGGACCACCGCCAAGACCAAGACUUCCCAGACUCCAGCAGUGACCCAGACGUUUACUCGACGACCGACGACCACGACGAUGACGGCGCCGACGACCACCGAGGUACCGACAACGACCACCUCGCGCAAACGCUACACAAUCCGUCCGCAGCGGGGACAGCAGCGGUGGCGCACGACCACCGAAGCCUCGCCACGGGAAGCGGGCGGGGCCGCUUCGACGACCCACAGACCUACCACCAACUUGACGAAACCGCGAUCGCGGGACAGCGAGCUCGAUGAGCGGCUUCCGAACAGAGUGGAAACUUCAUCGCAAGCUCCGCCGCCCCGCUACAUUCAGGAGCAACAGCAGCAGCAGCAGCCACAUCAGCAGCAGAAGACGCAGCUUACGCAAAGCAACCGCAACUACUACAACACCAGCAACUAUGAACCAUCUGCAUACGAUUCCUACUACGCCGUUUACGACGAAGACGUGGAACUGUACCGAGAUGUUGAAUAUCAACCACAGCAACCCCAGAAACCGGUGGUAUCGUCAACCUACCGACCGACCGUUGUCACGACCGUUGCUCCAACUUCUCAACGAGACCCGUACGUCACUUCUCCUAGAACUACCUAUCAGCGGCCUUCCUAUCAAGCAGACUACGACGAUGCUCUAGUGGCUCAGCUGCAAGAAGAUCGUUACAAUACGAAGCAAACAAACACGCAAAUCAGAUCAUCACAAUUGGACGAUCAAAGCAUUAAAACAACACCCAAAUCAAUCAUAUUAACACUCGCAGCACGCAGCGCGGGUCCCUCAUCGUCCCCCGAACCGCCUCCUCCCUUCCUGGUGUCCUUUGCUCCACCAUCCUUCCGGUCCCCUGCCGAUGAGUCACGGUACCGCAGUAGCACUACCUCCUCCUCGUCGGUGCCACGCCACAUCCAUCCAACGCCAUCACCAUCACCAUCAUCAUCAUCAAGCACACCCUCCACACUCACCACCACCACCACCACCGUACCCAGUACCACCACAACGACCACAACCGUCCGUACCGAACACUUGCCACGGUUCCGACCGUCCCCCGAGUACAAUCGACAUCCGGUUCGUCUGCCUCCGUCUCCUUCUCCUCCGCCCCCCGAGAUCAAGUUCCAUCCGAUCCCGGACGAUCACUACUACGACGAAGGCGACGACGAUGAGGACGACGUAGACGUAGAGGGUGAUCCGGUGGACGAGGAACCGCUUGGUCCUGUCCGACACUACGGUCCGUCUCCGAAGCUCCGCCCGGCCACUGACGACUCGGAGAACGGCCACUCCAAGAAGCAGUUUAUUACCCAGAAGCUUCUGCCGGUGCUCUUGAGUCCGUUUCAGUCGGCGCGAUCCUCGUCGUCGGUUCAUGCGUUCGCUGCCGGCCCUCCCGAGGUACGCGAGCAGACUCCCUUCUCGUACGAUGACCCGCGACCUGGCCAGGAUCACCAGUUUGUCCCUUUGACGAGUACCUUCCCUCCAAGUACCACUACAACACCUACUACUACUACUACUACUACUACUACUAGUACCACUACCACUAGAAGGCCCACAACUACUCCGGUGCCAAGCACAACGUCCCCGCUGCCCACCACAACGCUGGACGUCCAGCGGAAGCUGCCAAAGUUUGUCCUCUCCGAGGUGCAACCGUCCAGCUUCCGUACUCCUUUUAGUACGACGGCCAAAGCGCCUGACGCGCUGCCCGACUACGGUGGGUUCCUCUAUCGUGAAUCCCUGCCGCAGCAUACCUUCCUGAGCGCCAUCGCUACCACACUGUCGGCGACGCAAUCCUCGACAAUCGCAACCACCACUCCGGAACCGAUCCGAUUCACCUACGGGCCUCAGCCCCAGCGCACCGUGGACUCGGCACGGCCACGGCCAACACCGACCCCAUUCGCGCCACGGUUCGAGCCGGUCCAAUCGGCGCAGCAAUUUGGCAAACCGAACCGAACCUACACCCUGACUGGGCUGAAUGGUCCGCGGUUCGGUGUCUCGGUUCGCCCGGGUGCCGGCUUUGAGUCCGGAUCGCCGCUGCCCACCCGAACCACUUUUUCUGAUGACGUCACCAGUGUGGCAAGCACUGAAAGGACGACCCCGGUGGUCACGCCGUCGACCAGCACGUCGACGACCACUUCCACUGCCCUAGGUGCUAGUAACGUAAGAUUCGUGAUAAGCUCUAGCCUUAGUACAACCGCACGGCCCCAGACGCCGAAGCCGGUUGAGUCCGUUGCUCUUCAUAAGAGCCUCGAUCACGUCGAACCGACCGCCUCCAGCCACGAUUGGGCGCCAUCUGCGCUGGUGCAGGAGAAGGUGCUCUCCAGUCCCAGGACGAACACCCUGCAGGAGACUAACGAGCCCGACUUGGUGCAAGAAUUGGACGAACCUUUGUUGCGUUCACGCCCCAGUCUGGCCAAGGAUGACGUAGUGGUAACGUCGACGACCACUUUGGCUCCAACGCGGUUCCCUCCGCGAACCACGCCACGCCCCGAGGGCAAGAAGGUGGUGGUGACUCAGGAGCCACCGAAAGUACAAAGCUUUACCUCGCGCGGCCUUAUCUUUAAGGAAGCGCUCAACAAAACCCUGGACCCGUCCGCAGGUCAGCCAGCCACCGGCCAGCGGGUGUUGGUGUCACCGUACAAAAGUCUCGAGGUGCAGCGUCAGACGACGUCCUCGGACAAACCGUUCGCGUCGACGUCGCGCGUCAUCUUGAACCUGUACCGGACGACCACACCGGAAAGCCUGCCUUUGGUGGGGCUCACGGUGAAGCGUCCAUUUUCGACGCAGGCUCCAAGCACAACUACUGCUGCUGCUCCGAGCACGACGUCGUCGACUACUACGUCGACGUCGACGACGACGACGGUGGCUCCUAGCGUAAGUGAGUCUAGCACCACCACUCUAGCGACACCGGAAGAGGCCAACGUCACCCAAGUGACCAAGCCAACCGAGGUCUAUCGCGGGCGCUACCGGCCGGUGUUUAGCUUUGUGCGAUCGGCCGAGUCGUACGACGAGGUGACCACGCCCCGCUAUCUGCAGUAUCUGCGACCCCGUGGCCGUGGAUCACCGCGCCGAUCGUACACUCGCUUGAGACCUACGGCCCAAAGCUACACGCAGCUCCGAUCGAGCACACUGCUCGACGUGGAUUCGAGGAAUGUUUCGAGCAGUCCCGCCUCGGCCUCGGCCUCUGUGGACAGUACCGUACUGUCCGUCGUAUCUGCCAGUGAGUACAGUGAGCGCCCGAGUGCGGCCUACUUGAACCACAUUUCGACGGCCGAUCCAAGGGCCAAGUAUGAAGUGGAGCUCGAGCUCCACAAAGCCAAGUCCCCUGUCAAGCCGGACGCGAGUCAGGUGAACCGCACCGCCGGUGGCCCGGGCCAAGUGGUGCAGAUCACCGACAAACCGGUGUACUACACGCGGUUCCACGCGACCUCGACUGAAGUGAGCUCCUUUGCCCCUGUCGCCAACAGUGGUCGACCCGUGGAGUCGACGACGAAAAAGUUCCGCGCCACGGUCGAGAUGCCGGAAAUGAACAUUCCGACCGAGAAGGAGCUGCAGCUGUCGUACCUCCACCAGGACACGAGUGGGACGAGCUCGGACGAGGAGAGCACCCAAAACGACGAUGACGAAGACGACCACGAAGACGAGGAGGAGCAGGAUGAUGAGGUAGACGAAGAUCUGGCCGAUUACUCGUACCUGGAGACGACGAAGACCAAUACUCCGACAACGCCCUCGACGACCGCCACUCCGACAACGACACCCUCGACAACGCCCAUCACUCGGAGCACCUUCCGGCCGAUGGCACGGGCCUCGAAGCGUUACAGCGUUACACCCACCGUUACGGCCCCGACAACCGAGCGUUACUAUGUGCCAUCGCGCCCGUAUCCGAGUACGGCGCCCGAACGGAAUCUGACCGGUUCGGACCUGACUGUCGACCCGACCACCCCGUACAACGCUGCACGCAUCACCACCUCCUCCUCCCCGUCUUCCUUCCCUUCCUUGAGUUCUUCCACUCCUCUUCCGCCACUUCCGGACGUAGCCAGCGGGCUUACGGGCUACCCGAACGGUAGCCUAAGCGUCAGCCCAUCCACAAUCCCCACCACUGCCUCCACCACCACCACCACCACCACAGUCCGCCCGCCAACCGCGACGUUCGCCAUGAGCAAGCUCCCACCGCGCGCUUCCAGGGUCAAUAAUGCCAUAAAGACCACGAUCGCAGCCGCACAACUGCCACGCCGGUACGGCAAGCCGUCCGCAGCAGCGGGAAAAAGCAUACAAUGUACAGAAAACUCGCUGUCCGCCAAGUGCAACGAGAUCCCGUCGAGAGUGAGUAACAACAACAACAACAACAACCGGAACCGUGGCAAUUCGCA